CCUCUCUUCUUCCCCUCCGCCUUCUUCCCACCCACCAUGGCACCGCGGGCGAUCGGUCGAACCCAAUCCGUGGACCGCGAACAAGACCCACGGGAAUCAUCCGCCCGCGGCUACUGAUCAUUUCGAUCCGUUUCUCCUCCCAACGCUUUCGGCUCUGCGCGCGCCGGCUCAUCCUUUUGCCUCCGGCUUUGCACUCGACGCACGCACGUCGCUCGAGGCCCCGGAAAGCUGCGCGCUUUACAGUUACGGUAGGUAGAUCGGGCGACGAUGGCGGCCAACGGCGGGUCGCUGGAGCGGCGGGGCUCCAUGCGGCGGUCGGGGAGCAAGGCGAAGGAGGAGCCGGCGGCCGACCACCGCGCCGAGGACCAUGGCACAGGACCUUCCGACAUUGAAGUGAUCAAGGAGAAGUUCGGCAAGCUGCUGCUCGGGGAGGACAUGUCGGGGUCCGGCAAAGGCGUGCCGUCCGCGCUGGCCCUCUCCAACGCCAUCACUAAUCUUGCAGCUGCUGUGUUCGGCGAACAACGCAAGUUGGAGCCCAUGGCCCCCGACAGAAAGGCGAGGUGGAAGAAAGAAGUGGGCUGGCUCCUGUCCGUGGCGGAUCAGAUCGUGGAGUUCGUCGCCAAGAAACAAGUCCUGGACAACGGCGUCGAAAUGGAGGUAAUGGGCACGCAGCAGCGAAGGGAUCUGCAGUCCAACAUACCGGCAUUGCGCAAGAUCGACGCCAUGCUUCUCGAUUACCUGGACGCCUUCAAGGACCGCACCGACUUUUGGUACGUAAAGCGCGACUCGUGCUCGGACGCCGAGAAGGAGGAGUCCAACACAUCGGAAGAGAAGUGGUGGAUACCCAUCGUGAAGGUCCCUCCCAACGGGCUGCCCCCGGCGUCCAGAGCCUGGAUCCAGCACCAGAAGGAGCUGGUGAACCAGGUGCUCAAGGCGGCCAUGGCCAUCAACGCCAACUGCCUCAUGGAGAUGGCCAUCCCAGAGUCCUACCUAGAGUCGCUGCCCAAGAACGGGCGGGCGAGCCUCGGGGACGCGCUGUACCGGAUCAUCACGGACGUGGAGUUCGACCCGGACGACUUCCUGUCGACGGUGGACCUGACGUCGGAGCACAAGAUCCUGGACCUCAAGGACCGCAUCGAGGCGUCGGUCAUCAUCUGGAACAGGAAGGUGCACAACAAGGACGGCAAGUCCGCCUGGGGCUCCGCCGUCAGCCAGGAGAAGCGGGAGCAGUUCGAGGAGCGGGCGCAGACGCUGCUGCUCAUCAUCAAGCACAGGUUCCCCGGCAUCCCCCAGUCCACCCUCGACAUCGCAAAGAUACAAGAAAACAGGGACGUGGGAUUUGCUCUCCUGGAGAGCUACUCCAGGGUCCUCGAGAGCCUGGCCUUCAACGUCAUGUCCAGGAUAGAGGACGUGAUCGUCGCCGACAACGUGGCCAGGGAGAAGGCCAAGAAGGACGCGCCGCCCGGCUCGAUCUCGGAGGCGCCCCCCCAGGUCCCCGAUGGUGCAGACAGCAUGACGCUGCUCGACUUCAUGGGCUGGAACGGCGACUCGGAGGGGAGGUCCGACGACCAGUCCCCGUCGGCGGUGGACCCGGCGCAGGACGACGGGAGGCUCAUGAAGCUGCCCAACAUCAUGACCAACCUUUUUAUGAAAACGUCACAGUGAUGGGAUAUUUCUCCCCUUUUUAUGAACUUCUACUACUUUGUCAUCAACAAAAAGAUGAAUGCCGUCCAAUUACUGCAUCUAUUUUGUACCAGGCUACCAGCACAUGGUAGAAAACCAAAAGGCCUCGAGUAGAGAGUUCAUUAAUUGUUGUAAAAAUACUAGUUUCAACAGAUAUGUCAUUAGGGGAACCAUAAUCAUAUACUCCCUCCAUCCAUAUAUAUAUAUAUAUAUAGGGGCUAAUUCGUCUUUCAAGGUAGCCUUUGACCAAUGGUAAAAUUAUUAGUAUAUGAGAUGUAUGAUAUAAAAAUUAUAUCACUAGAAACUCUUUUCACAUACGAAUUUGAUGAUAUGAUUUGUGUAACAUGCAUGUCAUAUAUUAUUGUGCUAACCCGUGGUCAAAGGUAACCUCAAAAAACGUAUC